UUAUUAAACAUUUUUGUUCGUUUGUUUGAUUUUGUUUCAAUUUGAAGUUUGAACCAGAAAGUAACCACUGGUUUUUGAAGUUUUGAUUUUGAUUUGAUUAAACUCGGAUUGAACAUAAUGAACUUGAACUUUUAUUAUUACAUGACCACAAGGGUUUUGUGUUGUAAAAAUAUCUGGUCAGUGAAUGGUGAAUUAUUUUAAUCUUGAAAACUUCCCUAAGAAUGACACUUCCAAGAAAAUAUUUAAUAAAGGAUUUGUUAAAUAUAACCCCACCGGUGGAAGUAUGGAUACAAGGGAUUAUAGAACAAGCCGUUGGCAAAGACAUAUUAAUUAUUUCCGACUCAUCAGGCAGAGCAAAAAUAACAAAAUGUGAAUCUGCAGAUGGUGUUAUUGAUAAAAACUCACUGCAAAGAGGUAUUUAUUGCUGCAUCAUAGGAACAGCUGUAAAAACAAAAGGUUUACCAGAAGUGCAAGCUGGCAAAUUCAUUGAUUUAAGCUCCAAACCUCAUAUGAAGGAUGUAUGGGAUUAUGAAGUAAAAGAAGCAGAUUUUCUACUCCAAGGGAAAAUUAAACUUUCAGUCUUCGGAUGCAGAAGCAGCAGAUGGACGAACUGUACCAACAUUCUUCAAGUCCACAUAAGCACCUAGGAAAAGUUUUAAAAUCUUAGUAAUUUGCAUCAACAAUCAAAAUAUUUUCUUUAAAUAGGUAGUAUAAUUUAAAAUGAUUAAUGAUUAUAAUUAUUUUAAAACCCAAUUCCAGUUUUUUUAAAGAAUAAGAUAAUGCUUCUCUGCUUAUUUCAUGGCAGUUAUUAAUAAAGACGAUUAUUUGUAAAUAUUAUCAUGAACAAUAUUUUAACUCAUCUACGAGUAUGAAGAGAAAACACAAAAUUCUUUGUAGUUAACUUGUUGAAGGGAGUUAUGAUAAGACAUCAUAAUUACCUGUGAUAACGACAUUGCCAGU